UUGGUGCUGGUGGGUUUAAAUGUUCGAGGGUCGCCUCCUUCACAGAGACGCUUCUGGGUUGUCAGGACUGCUAUGUCUUCGUUUAAAGAAGAUGCCCUUUCCUCAGAUGAGCUGCGUAAGCGACUCUAUCAAACCUUUAAAAACAAAGGGGUGCUCGACACACUGAAGGUCCAGUUGCGUAAUCAGCUGAUCCAGGAGUUGAAGCAUCCUCCUCUGGCAGGACAGGAGCCAGUUCCCAGACAGGUUCCUGCCAGAUCGGAGCCUCUUUUGGUUUCAGUCUCUAACAGCAUCGUAGCAGACCACCUUCGCUUUUCAGGAUAUGAGUACACACUCUCUGUCUUCUACCCUGAAAGUGGUCUGUGUAAGAACACGGUUGCCAGCACCGGAGAGCUCAUGAAGCUUCUUAAAAUCAGUCCAGGAUCAUCUCUUCACACAUUAUUGUCUUCAAAUGAAGAACAGCACGACAAGGGGUUUCUGAUCAACCUUUUAACACAUCUAUUACAACAUCAUGGACAAGGCCUGCGCCAGGAUGCCGACACUCAGACAAUCAGCUCAUCGGGUUAUGGAGAGUCUCUCGUGGAGAAGAUGAAAACAAUUGAUAAGGAGUACGAGAACUUCAUUUCCAAGGAGAAAAUGUUUUCAUUCCAGUCACAGCUGGCUGAAUAUAGAAAAGAUACUCGAGCACAAAUGGAAGCAGAAAUGAACCUAAAGAUGCAACAUUUUAAAGAUGUUGAAAUCGCAAAGGUGAGGAUGGAAGAAAAAUCUGCAUUUAAUAAAGAAUUUGAAAACCUGAAGCGCGAACUGGAAAACGCGUACGAAAGGAAGGCAAGGGCUUUAAUGGACCGAGAGAAAAAUGCCAUAGAACGAUUACAGAAGCAACAAGAGAUUGAGGAAAAGAACAUCUACGCACAGAGACAGUCCGUGCUGAGGGAAAUCGAAACGCUUCGUAACAGAGAAAACGAGCUGAAGAUGAGAAUGGAGGAGUUUGAAAAAACCUGUAAAAUCCAUGAGGACAAGGUCAGGACGACAGAGGAGCUGUUGAGACGGAGAGAAGUGUCUGUGAGGACGAUGGAGGACACACACGACCAGAGGCUGAAAAAUGAAGUUUCCAGGAUCCAGCUUGAAUUGAAGGAAGACUUCGUCAAGAGAACAGAGGAACUCACCGAAAGUGAGGCGCGAAACAAACUUGAAACGGCACGAAUCCAAAAGGAGGCGGCAGAACUCGAAGCCCGAUCAGAAGAUCACAGCAGAGCGUGUUCAGAGCUGAAACGACUGCAGGCUGAGUUUGACACGGCACAGCAGCAGAUUUCUCUGCUGACUCAGCAGAAGGAGCUCCUAAAAGAACGACUCGAGACGAUGAGUGACUACUCCAACAUAAAAAUAGAGAGAGCAGAGCUGCAGGGGCAGCUGCAGCUGCUCCGGAGGCAGCUGGAGGAAGCCCAGGAGGAGAACCGGUUACUCCGAGCAGACUUGACCAAGCCGUCCACAGAACAACUGGCCCUGCAGAUGGAGGUCCGGAGGCUGCAGAGCGCCCGCAAACUGGAGGAGGAGGAGUUUGAAAACCAGAAACAGGUGCAGCAGGCGCAGCUCCAGAGUGAGGUGGAGCAGUGCGCUCGGCUCAGAGCUCAGCUGAUGGAGUAUGAGCAGAAGUCACAGUGGAUGACGAACCAAGUGGAGGACUUUAAGAGGCAGCUUCAGCAAACUCAGAAAGCUCUUGAAAACGAGGUGCUGUGCAACCCCAAGCCGUCUCUUGUUGACCGCUCGACCCUGGAGCUCAGCGCCGACAGGCUGGUUCCUCCCGACAUCUAUGUGGACGGCGCUCUGCUGCGGGCCGGGCUGGGUUAUGAUGAUGUCUGUCAAGCAGGUGCGCGCUUUCAAGGACACGAGUCGCCUCUGAGAGGCUUUCCGGACUCCGACAUGGAGAUGGUGGCCGAAGCCAAGGCGCGGAUCCAAGAGCUGGAGAAGGAGGCCGAGACCUUGGAGGAGGCCUACAGGAAGUACCAGCAGAGGGCGGUGCACUCCACCAUCUCUUACAUGCUGCCCCAAAGACCUCUCUCCCCACACUGCCCUGACUCUCUGGUUUGGAAACAAGACCCUCAGAGUUUAUAUCCCCACGCAAUAGACAAACCGAAGAUCUCACACCGGCCAGCUUCACCUCGCACUAUCCCAUCUCCCUCUCCGGCUUCCCGAGGCAACAGAAACUCCUCUCUGUCUGUCCAGCCGAGAGUCGCCUUCUCAGAGGAAAGUAAGCAGCCAGAAGGCCCGGGGCUGGCCCAAUACGGCCUCCCUGCAGCCGCUUCGCCCUUGUUUCUGCGAGAAGAAGAGCUUCAGGAACACGGACCCUCCACACUCCACUCUUCUUCUAGGAAUAUAUUUCACAAAGACACUUUAGAAGAGGAAGUCGUGUUCCCCGUGGCGUUCGCUCCGCCGUCACCUGACAGACGGCUCUCUCCUGCCCCCCGCUGUGAGGUCCUGACCUCAGCCGACCUCUCGUCCGAGCUCAGUCCGCCUCCCAGUCCUCAGCUUAAGAGCACGGCGCGGGAGCGGUCCAGUCCGCCGAGGCCGCAGCCGGUUUCCUCCAGCUCGGAAUCUUCACCGCAGCCUGAAAAGAUCAGCCUGGAAGAUCUCACUGGGCUUUUGUCAGAGCCCGGCCACAUUCCAGAGCUUCUCCUGGACACUGCUGUCCCUCUCUCCGAGGAGGCCCCUGGCGGACCCGCUGCCCCCCACCCACCGGACCUCCCAGAAGACCCGCUGCACUUGCAGGGCCAAACGGAUGAUCCCGCCAAGGCAGAAGAGGUCGAGAAUGAUGAGGAAAGAUGGGAAAAAGAGCGAAAAGAACGACAAGAACGAAGGCAAAGGGAGCAAGAAGAGGCCAGAGACCGAGAACUGCAGGAACUGGAACGACUGGAGAAAGAGAUGACUUUGCAAGAGGCGGAGCAGCCAGCAGGGGAGGAAGAGGAGGAAACGCUGAUUGAAAGAAGAGGCGAUGAAGAGCAGCCGAAGGAGACGGUGACCGAGAAGGAGGAAUCGAAAAGUGAGAAUCCACUUGAAAAAUACAUGAAGAUGGUCCUGGAAGCAAGAGAGAAGCAGCAACUGCAGAGCUCGGUGAGAGAAGAUGCAGAGCGCUCCGGCCCGGAGGCCAGGAGUCUGUCUGACGAGAAAAAUGAGAGCAUUGAGUCCUUUUCACACAAGGAUGAAGAUGACGAUUUCUGGUGAGGGGAGGUUGUCCCUGAACUCAAC